UUGUUCCAUUGUUGCACAGUGUAUUUUCCAGCUGGUCUGACUAAUAAGAGGGGCGACCCGCUGGAAGAGGAUACCAUUGCACUUUUUUUUGUCCUUUGACAUUCGGCUCUUAGUUUUUUAUCCUUUUAAAGAUGUCUUUUUCUUGUGAUCAGUCUCUGGAUGGCAGCUUUCCUCCUUCCCCAGCGGAGGACCGGGGAUCCCAGCGGCUGUCCUGGGGCAACCUGCUGCAGAGGCUGGCCGAGCUGAAAGGGAUCAACCACAGGGUCACAGCAGACCAGUGCUGCAGGAGUGAAACUGGAUCCAUGGCAGACUUGUCCCUGUCAGAUUUGGACAGCAGCUUCCUCUGUUAUCCCCUGGAAGAGACGCUGGCAGCAGACGUUGUGGCCACUAUUGCACAAAGUCUCAACAAUGCGUCACACGUCUUGGACUGCUCCAAAAUCAUCCUACCAGACUGUCUGCUGCACAACAUCACUCAGGAGCUGCUCCACUUGGCUGUCAGUGAGCCUUGUGGCCUCAAAGGAGCACUCAUCGACCUGUGUGUGGACUGGGGGGAGCAGGGCUCGCUAUGCACUGUGGACCAAAUAGCCGUGGAUCCCUCUCUGGUUCCAACCUUCCAUGUAACACUGGUCCUGAGACCCGAGUGCAGUGGGUUGUGGCCAAAGGUUCAAAAGCUCUUUACAAGUAACAAGUCCCCACUGACAUCUGCAACGCCUGCGAGGCAUCACAACACCCUGAAGCUGAGUACGAGCUUCAGGGCUAUCAAGAGGAAACUGUACAGCUCAGGGGAGCUGCUGAUUGAGGAGUGCUGCUAAGAGCUCCCAUCUCUAAGAUGAACUAAACUCAUAUGAACUGUGAAAAGAGGCUGGUGGGAGAUGCAUAGUUGUUUUUUUUAAAUACACCAAUGUACUUGUCAAAACACACUGACAAGAUGGUAGAGAAACAACAAUCUUUGUCUGAUGGCAGCUACUGACCUUCUUGCAGGUGACUUAAAGACUUGAGUUUGAACAAAGGUCUGUUUUUCUAUGAAUGUAAAGUCACACCUCUCAGGGAAUGGCUAUUUGUAAGUCAAACAUUAUCACUUGCAACUUGUGUUUUGUACUUUUUAACAACUUGAAGAUGAAAGAAUAAAUUAUUUUCUUUUA